CUGGCAUGGUAGUAUAAUUUAAUUUUUCCCUCGUCUCUCUCUCAUCCGAGAAACCCUCUUCUCUCUCUUUUGACGAUCUCUAUCUCUCUCUCUCUCUCUCUCUCUCUCUCUCUCUCUCUCUCGAUCAUCCAAAGAUUCCAAACCCUCCUCCUCCCGCCAGCGUCAUCCAACCUCCUCCCGCCGGAAGUCAAGUCUCCAACCUCCUCCCGCCGGCGUCAUCCAUCACCGACCGCCUCAUCUCCGCCUUCUCACCUCCAGAUUUGAGAUUUCCAGAUUCCGGCGACGUUCAAGCUUUUCCGGCCGUUUUCCGGCGACUCAGGCACAAUGUCCCUUGAGUGCUUGACGUGGAUUCCACAUCUUUGGGAUAAGCUAAUUUGUGCGCUUAAUGUCCGUAAGGAUAGUUUUGCCAUGCAAGAUUUUCCGAAGGAAAUCCUAAUUUGUUCGCUUAAUGUUCGAAAGGAUGGUUUUUCCAUGCAAGAUCUUCCCGAGGAAAUCCUUGUUGACAUCCUUAGUAGACUCCCUGGAAAUUGUGUGUUGGAACGUCGAAGGGUAUGCAAGCAAUGGUUGGCAUUAACUUCAACACCUAAUUUUCUUGAAAUGCAUCUUAAGAGAGCUACUCCAGUUCUUUUUGUGCAAUUUGUUGACCAUGUUGGGAAGAUGGACAUGUUUAUUUUUGACGAAGGAGCUAAAGUGAAUCAGAUGAUCAAGAAAAUGGGGGCCGAAUUUAUGCACUUGGAAGCGUCACAUGUGCCAGAUCUUUGUGGGUCGUGCAACGGGUUGCUUUUGUUCCGUUCGAUUAUUCCUAGUAGUUUAUGUUUGGUCUGCAAUCCUCUUACUGGGGAGAAAGUAACUAUAAGGACUCCGGUUCAUCCUGUUAUAGUAUGUGGGAUUUUCUUCCAUCCACUUACGAAUGACUACAAGCUGCUUUUUGUGUACUACAAGGUGCCUUUCACUUCCAGAGAGAGUGUUGAUAUCAAGUACUUUUUAUACAAUUUGAGAGGCCAAUGUUGGAGAAAACUUGAUGACUUUCCUUACCUACCGAGUGUAGUAGCUCCUCCGGCAAUACUUAAUGGAGCAGUGCAUUGGAUGGUUAACUGUUCUUUAAAUGACAUUGCCCGUGGUUCCGUUGGUUUCGUUACUUCCAUAAUGAUGUUUAACAUGGACACUGAAGAAUUUCGCUGUAUGCCUCAUCCAAGAUUGGAAUGUCCUGUAUGGAAGGUGGUUAAAUAUAUUCGACUCUUUGAGAUGAAAGGGAAAUUAGCUUUCUGUCGUGUGCAUAGUUCACAUGUCUACCUGUGGGUUUUGGAAGAUUAUGAAAACUGGAUUUGGGGGGAAAGAUACUCGGUCAACCUUCAUUCGUACGUGAAACGCUAUCCAUUAGAUAUUACUCACAUUGGUCCAAGGUAUACGGGCUCAUUAAUAACCGUUGUGGACAUCCAAAACGAUGAGUUGCUGUUUGACUAUAGGUCAAGAGGUCUAUUUAGAUACAACCUGCGUCAGAAGACUAUCAAACAAAUUAAUGGAGUAGGGAUGAAGCAAAUGCCCCUUUUGCCAUUUAGCGAUUCCAAACGUUAUAUCAUGUCUUAUACCAAAACUUUCGUCUCACCUAGUGGUUUUAAGUGACCAGAAUCCAAAGUUUGAAAUAUUCUUCUAUGGGUACUCUGUCCUUAGUCAAUUGUAAAAGGAUGACAGAAUUUCAAGAGUCUUUUUAUUUGUUUUUUCAACAGUUUGUAUCGUUUCUGCAUUCACAAAAGGGAGAUGAUAGGGGCACAUCAAUUUGUCACACCUCAACCACAUCUCUCUCACAUACAUGUGGGUCUCUAGUGGGUUUCUACCAAAUAUUGUGAAAUUUUCACACAUGCAUGUGAGAAAGAUAUGGUUGGGAUGUGAUAUAUUGAUGUGUCCCUAGCAUUUUACUUGUUUUUAAUAUGGGGGAAUGUCUUCUGCUUUUCUUCUGAAUUGAUUCAUGAAUUGGGAAGUUUGUACAAUGUGGAGGUUUGGAUAUUGGAAAUUCACUGUCAUGAUA